AUGAAUCUUGAUGUUGUCCAGCAGCGAAAGGAUCAAUUCGCUGCAAAGCAGUUUGAACAGCAAUUUCGAAGCAUGUGUCACCUCGGACCAGCUAUUUUUGAAGACACAAAGAGAGGUAGAAGUCCAGUCAAAAAAAAGGCUACUGCACCUCCUACACCAGGCCUAUUAAGAUCACUGUCCUUCGCUGUACCGGAGGCUCCCCGUAGGCUCCCCCGCAGGCUUCACCGCAGCAACAAUAGCAAGGUGGAAGAGAUGGAAGCGGUGGUAAAGGUGGAAGCGGUGAAUGAGGUAGACGAGGUGGAUAAGGUAGACGAGGUGGACGAGGUAGACGAGGUGGAAGAGAUAAGGUAG